AUGUCGGACAACGAGAGCGCAACUUCCAAUACCAGGUUCCAGGCGCCAGUGCCUGAGUUGGAUGAUCACCGCCGCCCGUCAAUUACUACCCAGAGAGUUGAGCGGCCUCGUCGAGGCACCUUCGACAGUCUUUAUGGCUCUCGACAGAUUGAGCAGGAGCCGGAUACGCCAGCCAUAUAUGUUCGCGACUUCGAAGAAGCUGUCAUUGAUGAAGAAGGCGCCGACCUCAUAGCAGGGAACCGUCAUGGACGACGCCUUACCGCCGAGUCUAGCGAGAGCCGUUCUCCUUCCCCUCCAAACUCUGUCAAGGCAUUCGCCCAAGCCAGACGAAGGGAACGAGAAAUGUCAUUCUCAGACCCAAAAGGAGACCACGAAGAGUUGCUGGGGCUUGGGCGGGCCCUUUCUGUAUCCAGUCGCCGCAGUCACCGCAGCAGAUCUCGCGUCGCUGAAGCCGAUGCCGUGAGCCUCGGAACUAGCAACGCUGCUGAAGAUAGCGUAGGCGUGCCGGACAAUGUCCAUCAUAGACAACACCAGCUUCGAAUCGACUUCGACUAUCUAGAGGAGUUCAUCGAGUCUGAGCGCCUUGCCCAUGAAGCAAACCGCAAAGCGUCUGUUGCGUCUGCUGUCAACGAUGUUCGCAUGGAGGCCGGUUCACAGAAAGUCCAGCUUGCCACGUCUGAUGGGGAUAUCAUUGAUAUGCCAUCUGACGUAUCUUCGUCGUCACCGGAAAAGCCUACCUCAGAGUCCGUUCCCGGAGUAAAAAGCUCGCAAUAUGCUUUCGACAACAACCGUUUCAGCUUCUUCUCUUCAGCCUGGGAAUCCACUAUCCAUGCGGCUGAAUUUGGUGACCUUGUUCUACCUGGUGAAGAUAUUCGUGGACUAUUUGAGCUUCCAAAGGAUGAAAGUGGCGGCGUAUGGUGGCUCAACAUCAAUCGAGCGACCAAAGAGGGGGUUUUGAGCAUCUGCAAGGCUUUUGGUGUCCAUCCUCUUACUAUCGAAGACAUUGUCACACAAGAAGCCCGGGAGAAAAUCGAGCUAUUCCCCUCCUACUACUUUGCCUGUUUUCGAUCUUUCAACAUGGUCGAUGAGCAAGAUGGAAUCGAGUACGAACCUUUCAAUAUCUACACCCUGGUCUUCCGAGAGGGCACUCUGAGUUUUAGUUUUGCACCGAAUUCGCAUGCAUCGCACGUGCGAAGGCGAAUCACUGCGCUCAAAGACUACGUAGCCCUCAGCAGUGACUGGAUUUGCUACGCAUUAAUCGAUGACAUCGUCGACUGUUUCGCUCCUGUCAUUAACCAAAUCGAGACCGAAGCAGAUGCAAUUGAAGAUGAAGUCUUCGUCAUGAGACAUGAUGACUCAAGCACGUUCCUUCGUUCAAUCGGACGCGUGCGCAAGAACUGCAUGGCACUGCUACGCUUGCUUGGUGGCAAAGCAGACGUUCUUCGAGGCUUUACUAAGCGAUGUAAUGAGAAUUACCAGGUCACGCCUCAUAUGGACAUUGGCAUGUAUCUUGGAGAUAUCCAGGAUCACGUUGUGACCAUGGCAAACAACUUGGGCCACUGUGAAAAGCUACUUUCUCGCGCGCACAGCAAUUAUCUCGCCACUUUGUCCAUCAACAACAUUUCUCAGGGAACUGACACAAACCGCGUCCUCAGCAAGAUCACAUUCCUUGCCUCUGUUCUGGUGCCCCUUAACCUGGUGAGCGGUAUGUUUGGUAUGAACGUCAGAGUGCCUUUCCAGAACGACAAGGUAGAUUCUCUGGGUCCGUUCUUUGGUAUUCUGAGCUUCAUGAUUGUACUUUGCUCUCUCAUUUUGGGAUGGGCUCGUUGGAAGCGAUAUAUCUAG